GUUCCUACAUUCCAAAGGAGUCGUGCACAGGGACCUAAAGCCUGAAAACAUCCUUCUAGAUGAGAAAGGUCACGUGAAUAUCGCAGACUUUGGUCUAGCCGUGACCAACAUGACUGGGAACAAGAAAGAGACGGAACGCGCCGGAACAGACCGUUAUAUGGCACCAGAGGUCCAUGAAUCUGAACCAUAUGACAGAAUGGCAGAUUAUUUCUCUCUGGGAAUAAUUCUCUUUGAAGUGGCCUUCAAAUAUCACCCAUUCUACGUUGGCGAGGACAAAGACAAGGUGAAGAAAUCCAUACUCCAGGAUGAGCCACGUUAUCCAGAAGAGGCCAACCCUAAUCUCCUGGACUUACUGGCAAAGCUCCUGCGCAAAGACCCGAAGACCCGCAAAAAGGAUGUUGCCAACAUAAAAGACCACCCAUUCUUCAAUGGAAUAAAUUGGGAAGAGCUGCAAGUGAAGAAGCCUCCCCCCCCCAUUUCAUAUACAUAA